AUGGACGCGCUUAACAUUGAUACAAGAGAAAUUGAGCUCCGGGAGCAGGACCGGUGGUUGCCGAUCGCCAACGUGGCGCGGUUGAUGAAAAACACGUUACCGACGACGGCGAAGGUGUCCAAGGAUGCCAAGGAGUGCAUGCAGGAGUGUGUGUCGGAAUUCAUAUCGUUCAUCACGAGCGAAGCCUCAGACAAGUGUUCGGCCGAAAAGCGCAAGACGAUCAACGGGGAGGACAUUUUGUUUGCGAUGAACAACUUGGGCUUCGAGAAUUACGCGGAGGUGUUGAAGAUCUACUUGGCAAAUAAAGUUAGUAGCUAUCCGCAAAGCAUACUGAUACGUCACGUGAGAAUUACAAAGAUCUACCUCUAG